GGAGCAUUCUCGCCUGCCUUAACGGGAGGAAGCUUGUGGACGCGAACAUUCGCGUCAGUCUUCGUCAACUUGUGUCCGUUACAAUUUCCCCAAUGGCAACAGAAGAUAGACGGGAACCGGUGCCAAAUGCUUUAUCAGAGGUCGGUAUGCUGAAGACGACGCACCACGGCCACAACAACAAUAACAACAACAACAACAAUAACAACAACAAAGACAGCGAGGGAACUGAUAGCACGACAACAACGGCUACCGCUACGGCGACCGCCACUGAAUCCAGCGGGAUAGCAACGCAGAGCAUCGGGAACGGCUCUGGGAUCAACCCCACUGGGGGGAACAGCGGGAAAUGGGUCCGCUUGAACGUCGGCGGCACGGUGUUCCUCACAACGCGGCAUACCCUUCUCAAAGAACAAACUUCCUUUCUUUACAGGCUCUGUCAACAGCAGGACUUGCACUCAGACACGGACGAGACGGGGGCGUACGUCAUCGACAGAGACCCCACCUACUUCGGCCCCAUCCUCAACUACCUGCGGCACGGAAAACUGGUCUACAACAAGGAGCUGGCGGAGGAAGGGGUGCUUGAGGAGGCUGAGUUCUACAACAUCACCCCUCUGAUCAAGCUGAUCAAGGAGAGGAUCCUGGAGAGGGACUCAAAGGCCACACAGCAGGUGCCCCCUAAGCACGUGUACCGGGUGCUGCAAUGCCAGGAGGAGGAGCUCACCCAGAUGGUGUCCACCAUGUCCGACGGCUGGAAGUUUGAGCAGGUCAGCGUGCGCACCUGCAGAAAGCCCCGCACCGGACUGCUCUGGACUAUGGUGAACAUCGGCUCUUCAUACAGCUAUGGCACGGAGGACCAGGCCGAGUUCCUGUGUGUGGUCUCCAAGGAGCUGCACACAGCGGGGUCCGGUGUGGCCACCGAGCAGAGCCACAAGACCAAGGUUCCGGAUCUGCAGCAGGAGGUUGCAGCCCGGGCUGAGGAGGAGGAGGAGGUG